UUCAAUGGGCGAAUUUUGUGUGUUUUGUGACAAAUGAGGUUAGUUUUUGUUGACAGUGCAGAAUAAAUUUUCCUGGACAAUCCAACACACAGUGUGGGCAGAGAUAAAGGCUUCUGUAUUGUAGUUGAUUGUGCGGAGUAAUGCUGGCGACACAGCAGCUACGCCUCCGGAGUCUCACACAGAUCACAGCAGGUCGUGUGAGAUGCCAAGCAGGAUGUCAGAUUUACUUCACUCUGCACCUGUCCACAAUGUCGGCCCCCUUCUACACGAGCGAGAAAGUGGACGGCGGCAAGGAAGUGGCCAGAUGGCAGGAGAUACGCAGCUCUACAAUUCUCAAAUCAUCCGCCCGAUCUGUGUGUGUUCGUAUCUGGCAGCACAGCCUCGACGCUGAGCACCCGGAGAGUGAUUGUGUUCUCGUCUUCUGGGGCGUUUACUUGUCGGGUCUCGUGAAGAUUUCCAACACAAAUGCCGUGCGAGAGAAUAGUCUGAUCUUUCGGCUGCACGGGAGCUGGUACACAGCGGCUGAGAGUGUGAUUGAAUGCCCCAAUGGGGAGAAAGGGCUGGCACUUGAGAAUGGUGAGGUGGAGAAGGAAGAUAGGAUUCUCAGGGAUCUCUCGGAUCCCUUUAGGGUGCGCUUCCUCUGCCGGGAAGUGCCUGCCUGCCAUGUGAAUGCUAGUUACAACAUAUUCAAUUUGCUGCUGUUGCAGCAGAAGCAGCGACAGUUGAAGAAUAGGCGUGAAAGUUCCAAGGAGGUUGUCGAUAGGAUUUCCGUGAAGAGCCCCGUUUGCCUCAAUCCCACCCUCAUUGCCAAUAGUGCCCUCUUUCAGGCGCCCCGACGAAACACGGGCAUGGGGAGGCAGUUGACGCGAUUACUCAAUCAGCAACCCGAACGUCCGGAUCCGGAGGUUAUUCUGCAGGCACAGAAGCUACGGCAGAAGAUUGAAGUGGCCAAGUUCCGCGUGCGCCUCCUGUCGGCUGAGCGAGAUCGCGCCCGGACGCACGUUCGUCAACUCGAAGGGCGCCUUGGAAAGAUGUGUGAUACGAACAUUGAGACUGAAUCCUGGCUGAUGUCCAUGUACAGGAAGUUGAGUCGUGAACGUGAUAACUUCCUGCAGCUGAAGGUGGCCUGUGCUGCACAUCACGACACCUACGACACAGUCAGAACGCAACUGACCAAGAGACGGCAGCACCUACUCCGGGAACUCAGUGACAUCUACGAGGUUCGGCAGCAUGACGGUGGCUUCUUCACCAUCAACGGGAUCUCCCUGCCGGACUCGGAAUCCUUCACAGAUACCAUUCCCGCCUUGUCCGUGAGCGUGGCACUCGGCUAUGCCGCUCAUGCUGUUCACAUGUGUUCAGUUAUCCUCAAUAUCCCCCUAAGGAACUCAAUAAAACUCGAAGGUUCUAGAACGAGAAUAGUGGACAAUAUUAAAGUUCUCCCAGAGACGGAUCGAGUUUUCCCCCUCUACUGCCGCAUCAUGCCCCCACCGGAUGUGACGCAGUACGCGGUAUUUCUACUCAAUCAAAAUAUAGCUCAACUGCAAUUCCAGUUGGGCAUUACAAAGAGAGACUUACGGACCACUCUUGCCAAUCUCAUGCAACUGACCAAGAAUGCUGUACUGGACGUGUACAGUGGGAAGCACAGCCUGGAAUUACCGGCGCAGAGUCUCUCGAAUUAUGGCUCUUCCGUGGAAAUUAAUGUUCCUCUAAGUAGGAAUUUUUCCAGCAAUAAUGAUGUGCCCAAAGGACAUAGAAUUUCUCGAUCUAUGGACAACUAUCAAAAUGAAAAUGUAUUUCGUGAUUUCAAAAAUCACUAUAUGUCUGAUCCUGUUCUCUAUAAGAAGGGAAAGUAAAUCAGCAGCAACGUUGAGAAGAGAAAAUGAGGAUAAUUCGUGUAAUUUAUAUUGGGAAAAAUGAUUAAACACGUUAAAAACGUAAAAGAAAA